AUGGACAGCACUGCUCUCCCUGUCAGUGCACCCGCAGCUGCCAAGCUAGUUAAGAGAAAUUUCCUUGAGGCUCUAAAGUCAAAUGACUUCGGAAAAUUGAAGGCCAUUUUAAUCCAAAGGCAAAUAGAUGUGGACACAGUGUUUGAAGUUGAAGAUCAGAAUAUGGUUUUGGCAUCUUAUAAACAAGGUUAUUGGUUGCCUAGUUAUAAGUUAAAGUCCUCUUGGGCAACAGGCCUGCAUCUCUCUGUCUUGUUUGGUCACGUGGAAUGUCUUUUGGUGCUAUUGGACCACAAUGCUACAAUCAACUGUAGACCCAAUGGGAAAACCCCUCUUCAUGUGGCUUGUGAAAUGGCCAACUUGGAUUGUGUUAAGAUCCUUUGUGACCAUGGAGCAAAGCUCAAUAGCUACUCCUUAAGUGGACACACAGCUUUGCACUUUUGUACAACUCCAAGCUCCAUCCUGUGUGCCAAGCAAUUGGUUUGGAGAGGGGCGAACGUGAACAUGAAGACCAACAACCAGGACGAAGAGACCCCCUUGCACACAGCCGCCCACUUCGGCCUCUCGGAGCUGGUGGCCUUCUACGUGGAGCACGGCGCCGUGGUGGACAGCGUGAACGCCCACAUGGAGACGCCGCUGGCCAUCGCCACCUACUGGGCCCUCCGCUUCAAGGAGCAGGAGUACAGCCCGGAGCACCACCUCGUCUGCCGCAUGCUGCUCGACUACCACGCGGAGGUCAACGCCAGGGACGACGACUUCAAGUCUCCGCUGCACAAGGCGGCCUGGAACUGCGACCACGUGCUCAUGCACAUGAUGCUGGAAGCGGGCGCCGAGGCCAACCUCAUGGACAUCAACGGCUGCGCGGCCAUCCAGUACGUGCUGAAGGUCACCUCCGUGCGGCCCGCCGCCCAGCCCGAGAUCUGCUACCAGCUACUGCUGAACCAUGGGGCUGCCCGAAUAUACCCUCCGCAGUUCCAUAAGGUGAUCCAGGCUUGCCAUUCCUGUCCCAAAGCAAUCGAAGUGGUCGUCAAUGCCUACGAACACAUCAAGUGGAAUGUGAAGUGGAAACGGGCCAUCCCUGAUGAUGACUUGGAGAGGUACUGGGAUUUUUACCACUCUCUCUUCACGGUGUGCAGCAACUCUCCAAGGACUCUCAUGCAUUUAUCGAGAUGCGCCAUCCGAAGAACAUUGCACAACAGAUGCCACAGAGUAAUUCCUCUGCUUUCCCUCCCAUUGUUAUUGAAAAAGUACUUGCUUUUAGAGCCAGAGGGAAUCAUUUAUUAA